GGGAAAACGGAGAGCGGCUUCGCUCAUAGAGGGGGGGAAGAGAGACCCCCCCUCGCCGACCGCCCAGCAUAAACCGCCGCGGCGGGAGCGAGCGAGCGAGCGGGGCCCACGGCGCUGCGCCCAGCCAUGGACAAUCAGUGCACGGUUCAAGUCAAACUGGAGCUGGGGCACCGAGCCCAACUGCGGAAAAAGCCAACCACUGAAGGGUUCACCCAUGACUGGAUGGUGUUUGUCCGUGGCCCAGAGCAGUGUGACAUCCAGCAUUUUGUGGAGAGGGUGGUCUUCCGGCUACAUGAGAGCUUCCCAAAACCCAAGCGAGUGUGCAAGGAGCCCCCGUACAAGGUGGAGGAGUCUGGCUACGCCGGCUUCAUUAUGCCCAUUGAAGUGCACUUCAAAAAUAAGGAGGAGCCGAAAAAGGUUUGUUUCACGUAUGACCUCUUCUUAAAUCUGGAGGGAAAUCCACCUGUGAACCACCUUCGCUGCGAGAAGCUGACUUUCAACAACCCCACUAAGGAAUUCCGACGCAAACUCAUCCGGGCUGGCGGGGUGAUGGUAAUGCCAGAAGGAGCAGAAACGGUUUCAAGGCCAAGUCCCGAUUACCCGAUGUUACCCACAAUACCGCUCUCUGCCUUCUCUGAUCCCAAGAAGACCAAACCAUCCCACGGGUCAAAGGAUGCAAGCAAGGAAAGCAGCAAGGCAUCUAAGCCCCACAAAGUAACCAAGGAGCACAGAGAGAGGCCAAGAAAAGACUCUGAGAGCAAAAAUUCCUCCAAAGACCUUGAAAGAGAACAAAACAAGCCGUUGAAGGACUCCUCCAGAAAACCAACUGAGAACAAACUGCCUAAGGAGGAGAAGGCACCUCCAAAAGCUGCUUUCAAGGAACCAAAACUGGCCGUGAAGGAGACCAAACUGGAGAACACUUCUCCAAAGGGUGGGCCACAGCCGGAGUUGAAGUCUUCCAGCAAGAGGCCCUCCAACGUGGAGUCACCAAAGCCCAGUGCCAAAAAACAAAAAAAGAGUAGCUCCAAAGGGGUGAAGAAUAUUCUAGGGACAUCUCCCAGAACCUCGUCUUCCUCGUACCCAGAGAAGAAACAAACCAAGGAGAAGAUGAAUACCAAAGUGGAAAAGGUAAAAUCUGAAAGUGAGGCCAAGGAGAUCAAAAAGCCAGUGGAAAUGGAGGAGUCAAAUUCGGAGGAUGAAACUUCUUUCAAGUCGGAGGGGGUUAAGUCUGUCCAGUCCAGCCCUUCCAACUCCAGCUCCAGCUCUGACUCCAGCUCUGACUCGGAUUUUGAGCCAUCUCAGAACCACAGUCAAGGCCCGCUGCGCUCCAUGGUGGAAGAUCUGCAAUCAGAGGAAUCAGAUGAUGAUGACAGCUCCUCUGGAGAAGAGGCAGCAGUCAAAGCAAACCCAGUCAGCCGGGAUUCCAGACUGAGCCUUAGUGACAGUGACAGCGAUAACAGUGCCGAUUCCUGCCUGCCAAGUCGAGAGCCACCUCCUGGUCAGAAACUGCCUCCAGCAAAUAAUAAGGCAUCUGGAAGAAAAAGCCCAGAGUCUUGUAACAAGCCAGAGAAGAUCCUGAAGAAGGGAACAUACGACAAGGCCUACACUGAUGAAUUAGUGGAGCUUCACAGGCGACUCAUGGCACUACGAGAGCGCAAUGUGCUACAGCAGAUUGUAAAUCUCAUUGAGGAAACCGGGCAUUUUAACGUUACCAACACAACCUUUGACUUUGACCUCUUCUCCUUGGAUGAGACAACCGUCCGUAAGCUGCAGAGCUACUUGGAAGCAGUAGCAACAUGACGCUUGGCCUUAGAAGCAGGCUGCUUUUGAAACCAGAAAUCCCGUUUAUUGGUACCAGGAAACAAACCCAUGGAACUAGGCCUUCUUAUUCUCUUGAUUCACCCGAAGCACUGCCUUAGAGAACAGCCAUGCUCUAUGAAUGCACAGCCAGCUGCACUUUCUUGUAGGCUUCAACCAAGCGCCCCGAUUGCUGAGUCUGUCCUCCCUAGCUUCAUACGUCCGCUUGGGCACAGUCCUGAGUAGAGCAAAAGAUGUGCUGCACUUAGCUGCACAGUGUUACCUUUUUGGUUUUCCUUCAAGAAACUGUGUGUUAAGAGCACGUUUUAAGGCGUCUCUGAGAUCUGAAGAAGUGUGGAUGAUGUUUUCUUCACCAAAUCUAGGGACCAGCCUGCCUGCGGAGAGCUCUAGCGAGUCCCAAUUCCUCCAGCUCCAUGAAGAAGCGUUCAUGCUGUGUAAGUGAGAUUGGCUUUUACAAAGCUAGCUGAGAGACUGAUGACAGAGGAGGCUUCCCGGGGUCCCGCUGCUCUGCUGCGGAGGAAAGGGGAUGGAUCCCAGUUUGGAUCACUUGCGAGUUCGCUCUGCCAUGGUCCAGUACAGAGCACUGCUGUUGUUUGGCUCCCGAUUCCUCCAGGGCAUCGUUCCACGCGCAGGACCUUCAGCUUCCUGCAGAGACAGCUCGUGCUCUUUGAAGAGGCCUCCAGAAUCUGCUGUCUCCCACUGGGGUUUUGAGAUGUCUUGUUUGUUGAUCUGAGCUCCUAAACAAAGUCUCACUCCUUUCAGUCUGCUUUAACUGUAAUAGGACUACAAACCUGUAAGCUGUAUAUUUUCUAUAUAUAUUAUAUAUAUGUAUGUACUGUAUGUAUAAGAAGGGCCUAGUUGGGUCUCAUGAUCUUAAGGGUGUGUUUUUCUGUUAUGUUUUCUAAUGGCUAUGGCAGGGGAAGGGCGCUUAAUAAGGUUUGACUUGUUUGUUCAAAUGCCUCUUGUGGACAGUUUUUAGUGUAUGAAAGCCUAACAGUGAUCUUCAAAGAGUUUUGUGCUCUGGAAGGGACUCACCUGGUGUCUUCUCACAUGUCAGUGUUUAAUAUCUUUGCCAAAAUCCGCGAUUGGUUUUGUUCUAUGUUCUCAAAGAGGAAUCUCCUACAGUGGCCCCUAUAGUAGUGGCUGUACUUUGGGAAAACCAAAACAAGGGAGACUUUUACCUUGGGACGCCCCUGGAAAGCGCUGAGGUACCGACUGAGCGCAGCCAGGUUCAUUUCCCCCCCACUCUCCUGCCGUGCUGCCUGUUGGCAGGAAACCUUAAACACUAAUCCAGACUCUGUCAUGUAUUCCUAGUUAAACUAGUAUUGACUCCAAGGGUUGUCCGGGUGGGUGUGAGGGAAGCUCUAUGGCUUUUGCCAAACCUGUGUUACGCUCCUGCUCCCCAAAUUCAGUAUUUUUUGAUGAACUGCUCAGUUUUUCCAAUCAGUGUCUAAGCUUUAGCCAAAUGUCGGGUGGGCUGCAGGCAGCGGGGAGGGGAUCGGCUCUCCGGAGGAGCCCUCCACUUGCAAGGAGACCUUGUGUCUGUGUCAGCCCUGCCUGGGAGCCAGGGGGCUACUUGCUCCAGGGUUUGCAGUCCCUUCUCUAUUAGGAAAUGGCAGUCCCUUGUUUUGGGUUACUCCUUUCUUUAUCAUGGAAAUGUUGCAACUAAUCAACUGAAGUGGCAAUAUGAUGAUAAGCUUGUUUGAGUUGGGUCAUGUUGACCCGAUUCCCAUUAAUUUUGUCUUUGUACCAUCUUUCAUGUGUUGGGGAGUGUGUGUGUGUGUGUAUAUAUAUAUAUAUAUAUUUAUAUAUAUAUAUAUAAAAAUCCAAGCUCAUGCCAGGUGCAAACCCUGUCACGACAGUGAUCUCCGCUGUUUUCUUUCUUGUUGGACAACGCCAAGCCUGGAUAGAACCCCUGUGUGUGGGUGUACAUGGAGAAGGUGGAGGGCAGCGGGAAUGGAGGAGCUGCAGUUCUGUCUCGGUUGGCAGCGGGAUGCACCGUGGUGGAGGAUGGCAGGCGCAGUCCCCGGGUGUCACAGCCUCACCCGUGUGCUGUGAGGUGCGAUGGGUACGUGCGCACCACUCGUGGGCUCCGUUGGGUCUGUGGUACCGGUGGCCGGCACAGCGUGGUGGCUGCCGCCCCGGCCCUGGCUCCCGUUGCCUCCCACCUGCUGCCCCAGUGAAGGGCGGGCUUGGUGACACUGUCCUGUCCCCGAAGCAAUAGGAGCAGCGGUGGAGGUGAGCCCGAGAUCUCCUGAGGGCUUUGCCUCUCCUCUCUCCACCCGGGUACCUUUCUCCCACAAGCAUUGCAUCCGCAUUGCCCAUCCCGGCAGCGUUUCUCCUAAGACUGUCAGGAGCCUCCAGUUCCCCCACAAGGGAUCGGAGGUGCCACUUCCCUUCCGCCCCCUUCUCGUGUUCCGAUCCGAAUGGUCACGCUGCUCCCAGCUGGCCCAGGAACACGUGUGGGAGGGUGUUCCUGAACUUUGCUGGAAGCACGCGGGGCUUCUGCCCAUGGCUGUGGCAUCGUCCUGUCCUGGAAUCGACUUUAUUCGUGAAGUCUAAUGAGCAUUGAUAGGAAUUUUGUUUGGUUUUUAUAAGAAGUAUUUUACACAUGGAUUUUUUUAGACUGUUUAUAAUCUCCUUGAAAACCCGAGAUAGGAUUGUUCCCCCAGCAAUAGCUCUUCUCCGUUGUGUGCACAUGCCGAGUUGUUACUAAGAGGUUUCUUGCAAGUACUUAGUUGUUCUACAGAGUUGUUGUUUUUUGGGGUAUGUGGUAGCGUCGGGGACCGCAGGAGGAAGGACUCCGCAAACAGGAUGGUCAUCUUCGGGCCUCACCUUGUGUCCCCUUCUAGUUCCAUGAGGGAGUUCCUGUGUAGAUUCCCUAUAGGCUGGCUGAAUGCUGUUCUGAACAUGCCGUGUACAGGUUUUUGUGGAUAAAGUGUUUGUUCUUGUGUCACUCUUGAGAGCAUGGAUGGAUUCUUGUACUCUAGGAAGGAGGUGGCGGUGCUGCCCUCAGCAUUGCUUCAGGUCUCCGAGGAUGUGUAGUAGCUUGCAUUGUUAAAAAAAAGGAAAAAAAAAAUAUAUCCCAAAUUGACUUCUAGCCAUAAUGGUUUUUCCAAGGAAAAUGGACAAAGUUCUGUUACUUUUGGGUGUCCUUCACCUUGUUACUGAGGGCACGAAUGAGUGCUGGUCAGUCUGAAGGCUUUCAGAGUUGCUGUGAGUUGGAGGUGGGAUCAGGACACGGCUUCCUUUGUCCUCGACCUUGGUAGGAAAGGGCAAAUGAGGGGCCAGGAGUGUUUUCCUGUUGUCUUGGUCUGCGUGUGUAUUAAGCUUUGAGGCUUUGAUUACUGACAUUUACUCUUAAAGAAAGCAAGGAAAGUGAGGCUGGCUGGAUCCCGACACCCCCGCCGAGGAGCCGCGGUCAGCCUGACCGCAGGGGCGUGCAGGGAUCUUGCCGCCCGUUCCAUUGCUGAGUGCGGUGAGAGCACCAGAGCCAGCGGAGCGAUUGAUGCAACAAUCCAGAAGCAGUUUUUGUCAGAUCUUGAACGUAUUUGAUGGUGAGAAAGGUUUAAACUCCCCUUUGGAGCUCGUCCCAUCCCGUUCUCUGCAAGCAGAGACCCGAGUCCCUCUGGUUCUGCAGGUUACAGCGUGGAAUGACCGGGAGCGUGGGUGGAGUGCUCGGAGGAAGCCUCUCUCUCCCAGUCCAGGAGCCAGGCACUUGCGAGUUGGGAUGCUCAUGUCGAUGCCGUAGACAAUGGGGUGCACCGUAUGCAGCUUCUAAAGGAGGAAACCCGCUCGGUAUCGCUUUCCUGGGGGGUGAAAUAGCCAUCAAAACUGACGAGAUGAGAUUGCACUCCUAAAGAAAAAUGUAAGUACUUCAACUUCUAGAUGAUUUUUAAUUGUAUUUCUGCUAGAGCCGAGGUAUUAAAUACCUCGUCACUUGAGGGGUUUAAAAGUUGUGUUGGGAAAAUGAAUUCUUCACUCAGCUGUAAGAAAUUCAGCUGGCCCAAGACUGAACUUCAAGAUUAAAAUCAUGUUUGUAAUAUGUUACAGGAUUGUUUGUCCUGAAUUUUAAACUUUUUGUUAAAUUUGUGGAACUAUGGAGGAAUUUUCUAGAAAAAGUGAAAUAAAGUAAGAUGGAAAAGUAC